AACCCCUCAGCGCACCUCCCCUGGCCCCUCUAGGGCAUAGGAGCUACACUGCGCCCCACGUUGGGCUGUUUUACCGAGGUGCCGCCGCUGGGAACGUUUAGCGGGGACCUAGAGCCAGGGGAGAGCAGUCCGGAGCCGCGGGGGACAGAACACGCACGGGCCGGAAGUUCCGCAGCCUCCCCUACUGGGGGGGGGGAGCAGUUAAGCGCGCAUACCGGAAGUGGCCACUUAGCCAGUGCGAGGCCGCGCCCGCGGGGUGAGCGUCCCUGACAGUGGAGACAUGGAGCCCGGGGCUGCCGAACUCUACGACCAGGCCUUGCUGGGCAUCCUGCAGCACGUGGGCAACGUUCAAGAUUUCCUGCGCGUGCUUUUCGGCUUUCUCUACCGCAAGACCGACUUCUACCGCUUGCUGCGCCAUCCGUCGGACCGCAUGGGCUUCCCGCCCGGGGCCGCGCAGGCCCUAGUGCUGCAGGUCUUUAAAACCUUUGAUCACAUGGCUCGUCAGGAUGAUGAGAAGCGGAGGAAAGAACUUGAAGAGAAGAUCAGAAGAAAGGAAGAGGAAGCCAAAGCUGUAGUGAUUGCUGCAGGUGACAAGGAACCAGUCCCAGCCCCCGUUCAGGAAAUAGAGAUUGACUCUGCCACAGAAUUGGGUGGGCUUCAGGACAAGGAGAAAGUGGAGCCUCCAGUUCCACAGGGCCCCAAACAGGAGGUGGCCCGUAGCUUGGAGGGGGCUGAAGCUCCAGGGGCAGCCGUCACUGGUGCUGCUGAAGCCCUCCAGGAACCACCAGCACUUCCCAGGGUUCAGGAGCAGUUCCAGAGAAAUCCUGACAGUUACAACGGUGCUGUUCGUGAGAACUACACUUGGUCGCAGGACUACACUGACCUGGAGGUCAGAGUGCCGGUGCCCAAGCAUGUGGUGAAGGGAAAACAGGUCGCAGUGGCCCUCAGCAGUGGCUCCAUCCGUGUAGCUGUGCUAGAGGAAAAUGGGGAACGUGUUCUCAUGGAAGGGAAGCUCACCCACAAGAUCAACACUGAGAGUUCCCUUUGGAGCCUGGAGCCAGGGAAGUGUGUUUUGGUGAGCCUGAGCAAGGUGGGUGAGUACUGGUGGAGUGCCAUCCUGGAGGGGGAAGAGCCCAUUGACAUCGACAAGAUCAACAAGGAACGCUCCAUGGCCACUGUGGACGAGGAGGAACAGGCAGUACUGGACAGGCUCACCUUUGACUACCAUCAGAAGCUACAGGGCAAGCCACAGAGCCACGAGCUGAAAGUCCAUGAGAUGCUGAAGAAGGGGUGGGACGCUGAAGGCUCUCCCUUCCGAGGCCAGCGAUUCGACCCAGCCAUGUUCAACAUCUCCCCAGGGGCUGUGCAGUUUUAAUGACCGGAAGGAAAGGAAACCCUCGCCAGCAGGGGGGCUGAGGCCUUGUCCUCAGCCAUCCCCCUCAGCACCCUGCAUGCCAGGGACUUGCUUGUCUUCUUCACCCCUAGCCAUCAUUUCUUUUAAGGGUGAACCUGCCUUCCACACUGACCUUGCACCUCCAGACGGUCCCAGAGAAGGUGCAGGGCCAGCUCUGGCAGCCUCUGUGGGCAGCACUAAAGGAGGGUGUUUAAAAUGCAGGAAGGACACAUCCCAACAUGCUGGGAGCACACGCUUUGUCUCCACAGCAACCAGCCACUGCAGGCAGCGUUUCUUUCCUCCUGUGCUCUCUGCUUGCUGUUGUGUUGACACUAUUCUGUUUGCUUGCUUGUGUUCUGGUUGGGGGGUGGGGAAUUGCAGGGCUCUCAGGGAAAGCAGAAUUUGACAUGUUGACCUGGGUGGGGCCCAGUGCCAGCAUGAGGGCAAGUGGAGCAUGGCAGUGGAGCUGCUGCUGGGCUGCUGUGGGACCCCCUGGCCCUUUGACCUCUUCCUGGGUGUGUUCACAUGCAGUAACUGUGCUUGACUUGCCUCAACCUCAUAGCAGAAACUGGGGGGCCUGUUUGCAUGUUCCAGGUAUGGGGAAGAGGCUCUAAGGCCUAGGCUCAGACCCAGGUGUGGCCAUGUGCCGUCUGGCUGCAGUUCCUGUGCUUUGCUCAUUGAAGUAGACUGAGCCUGGCCACCACUGCAUGGCAUUCUUGCUCCCCAUGAGACCUCCUCUUUAGGUGUCCAGCAUGAAAGCAUGGGCUGGUGCAAAGACCCAAGCUCCCUCAGAGACCACAGUAUAUCUUGCAGCCCAUUGGUAGACCAUGUUAGCCAUGAACCCUGAGCAGCCUUUGACAUUUGGGUGCCCUCAGGAGGAAAGAGUUUCUUCCUAGGCUUGAGGGUACCCUGUCUCAUUGCAGGCGAGCCAAGACAAUGAAGACUUGGUGGCUGGCACCAGAUUGCUCCUCACAGCUUGCAGCCUAUCCACCUGUUCUCUGGGGCCCCAGUACCGACCCACUAACCUCCCACCUGUCCUUCCAUCUUUUGAGGCCCUAAGCCAAAGCUGCUUACUGACACCAAACUAAGGUGUGGAGAUAUGAUAAAGGGGCAUGGCCUAGGUGCCCCAGCUGCUUACAGGAGUCCUCACUGUGCCUAGUGCCAUCGUCACUUGGCAUUGCCUGUUACCUGUGUAGCCUUGGUCACACUACAGGGCUCUGUGCCCUGGCACCAUGUACAGGCCAUGAGAGUCAAAGCCUACAAAUGCCAAGGCAUCCAGCUCUUGGGAAGCAGCCCUGCAAAUGCCCAGUGUUUGGGGGAGCAGUCUAGGAGGGUAGAGUGGACAUCCUUCCACAGGUGUCCCAUCAACUGCAUAAACAGCUGGCUCACUGCAGUCACCUGGGCAUAAAUUUCUGGUUUAUGGUGAUGGGUGACAGCCCUUGGGAGAAGUAUAUACUACUGUGGGUCCAGACAUGUUACUGAUUGUCAUAGAAGAGAGCCACAAAUCCUCCUCUCCGAGCUGGUGAGGCCUUUAAUGUCUUAGCUUCAGGGAUCAGAAUUGUGUCACCCACAAGUGAUCCCACAAGUUGUCAUCAAGAUGCUGGGAUUUUCAUACUGCCUCACCUAACAAAAGGAGGUCUCAUGGUGUGUGUGUGUGUGUGUGUGUGUGUGUGUGUGUGUGUGUGU